AUGAUGAAAGAACCUGAGAAAAUCAUGAAAAAGAAUAUCUUAAAUGGACAAAUUAAAUACUAAGUUAAAUGGAAGGGCUUUGAAGAAACUACAUGGGAAACUGAUGAAACUAUGAAGAAAUAUAAAGAACUCAUUGAAGAUUAUAAUUAUUUCUCAUUGACUGGUGAAAGAUAUGAUGAAAAAAAACUAGAAGAAAUCAGAUAAUUAACUGUUUAAUCAUAACCAAGAACUGCUAUCAAAAGAGUAGCAGUACCAAAAUUAAUGCCUCCAUGUGAAUUAAAUAAAAAAGAAAAAAAGAUAGAUAAAAUUGAUAAUAAACACAUUGAAAUUAUAGACAAUCCUAAAAAUGAUUAACAACAAGAUAAAUUAAAUAUUGUUUAACCAUCUAAUACUAUAAUCAAUUUUAAUGAAAUGUCUAAGUAUAAUUUGUUUCUAAAUUUAAGAAAAGCCCCAUAAAAAUUAGCAAAUUCUAAUGAUAAAUUAGAAACAAUAAAAUUACAAACUGAUGAAAAUAAAGGAUUGUUUUCACUUAUUUGGAAAGAGAGAUCAGAUGGUAUUAGACCAUAUUGUGAUGAAUAUACAUAUGAAGAUUUCAAAACAUAAGCUCCUUUAUUUUUUAUUUAGUUUUUUGAAACCUGUAUUUUUGAAUGUUAAAGUUAAAAUGAUAUUAAGUAAUUAUUCUAAUUAAUUUAGAUUUGAAAUUCAAGGAUAAGAUAUUGCUGAAAGAAUUUUAGUAAUUAAAGAUAUUUUACAAAAAAGAGAUUAGGAUAAAAAGAUAAACCAAGUUCAAUUAUGA